GGCCUCGCAUGGCAUACCGACGACCAAGCUCUCCGUCAAAAGUUCGAGGAGUUCGGUGCAGUCGAAGAAGCCGUCGUGGUUAAGGACCGCGAUACUGGUCGUAGCCGAGGCUUUGGCUUCGUCCGCUAUGCGCAGGACACCGAGGCCGAUGCCGCUAUGCAGGCCAUGAACAACGAGGAAUUCGAUGGACGUAGGAUCCGCGUCGACAAGGCUUCUGACCGCGCUGGCGGC